AAGCGCUUCCGGCAGCCUAGGACCACUAAUCAACAAGCCAGCCUUCCGGGCCUGCUGCGACCCUCGUCUCAGGCCUUUCGGAGUCAGUCAUACGGGCGUCCAGCCCAGCUCCUGCGACGCGGCAGUGAACAGUCGUGCUUCCUUGCCUCGGUCCAGAUCCCGACCUCCUCGUCUCCCGGCCGCCCCCGGCAUCAGGUGACUACGGGACCCUGCGCCUACUGUCCGUGACGAAGGAGCCCCCGAAGGAUCUGAGUAUUCUUUGAACUUGCUGCUUAUUCUUCGUGCUCUUUUCGGUCAGGGAUCUUGCAGUGGUCUUUGUCUCCUUCCGUAGUGCCUGGCAUUUGAUAAACAUUUGUUGAACUUGAAGAGACAUAUGGGCAAUGAAUCUGGAAAGGGAGAACAUCUUUGGUCCUCCAAUGUUGCUGACACUGACAUUUUCUGAGUGGUCUUGAACAGCCUACUUUUUAUGUAAAUAACUGGCUAGACUUCAUAUUUUUCACUACAGAAGCCUAUAACCUAGAGAUUUAAAAACACUGCUUUUAGGUUACUACUACAUUUAGCUUGAAAUUUCCACCUUUCUUAUUCCAAAAUGUUGAGAUACUGGGGAGAGAUACCAAUCUCAUCAAGCCAGACCAAUAGAAGUUCCUUUGAUUUGCUCCCACGGGAGUUCCGUCUCGUGGAAGUGCAUGACCCACCCCUGCACCAACCCUCAGCCAACAAGCCCAAGCCCCCCACAAUGUUGGACAUCCCCUCAGAGCCGUGCAGCCUCACCAUCCAUACUAUCCAACUGAUCCAGCACAACCGACGUCUGCGCAAUCUCAUUGCCACAGCUCAGUCCCAGAGUCAGCAACAGACGGAAGGUGUAAAGACUGAAGAGAGUGAACCUCUUCCCUCUUGCCCUGGGUCACCUCCUCUUCCUGAUGACCUUCUGCCUUUAGACUGUAAGAAUCCCAAUGCACCGUUCCAGAUCCGGCACAGUGACCCAGAGAGUGACUUUUAUCGCGGGAAGGGGGAGCCUGUGACUGAACUUAGCUGGCACUCCUGCCGGCAGCUCCUCUACCAGGCAGUGGCCACAAUCCUGGCCCAUGCAGGCUUUGAGUGUGCUAAUGAAAGUGUCCUGGAGACCCUCACCGAUGUGGCACAUGAGUAUUGCCUUAAAUUCACCAAGUUGCUGCGCUUCGCUGUGGAUCGAGAAGCCCGGUUGGGGCAAACUCCUUUCCCUGACGUUAUGGAGCAAGUAUUCCACGAAGUGGGCAUUGGCAGCGUGCUGUCCCUCCAGAAGUUCUGGCAGCACCGCAUCAAGGACUAUCACAGUUACAUGCUACAGAUUAGUAAGCAACUGUCUGAGGAGUAUGAAAGAAUUGUCAAUCCUGAGAAGGCCACAGAGGACACAAAACCUGUAAAGAUCAAGGAGGAACCUGUGAGCGACAUCACCUUCCCUGUCAGUGAGGAACUGGAGGCUGACCUUGCUUCUGGAGACCAGUCACUGCCCAUGGGGGUCCUCGGGGCUCAGAGUGAGCGCUUCCCAUCUAACCUGGAGGUCGAGGCUUCUCCACAGGCGUCAAGCACAGAGGUAAAUGCUUCCCCUCUCUGGAAUCUGGCCCAUGUGAAAAUGGAACCUCAAGAGAGCGAAGAAGGCAAUGUCUCUGGGCAUGGUGUGCUGGGCAGCGAUGUCUUCGAGGAGCCCAUGUCUGGGAUGAGUGAAGCUGGGAUCCCCCAGAGCCCUGAUGACUCAGACAGCAGCUAUGGUUCCCACUCCACAGACAGCCUCAUGGGGUCCUCCCCUGUUUUCAACCAGCGCUGCAAGAAGAGGAUGAGGAAAAUAUAAAAGGAAAAGAGGAGACAUUCUCUCCAGAGCUACAAGACCCAACAGAAAACCUUGAUGUAUUCAGAUUUGUUUCCAUAAAAGAUGAUUUGACUCAGUAAA